UGCACUAAAUAUCAUUCAGUUACGGUUUACCCGCGACGCGAAACGGACAAACAGCCAUGUUUAAACAUUUACUAAUAUUGUGCGCCAUUGUGGCCGCGGUGCACUGCAAAAGUGUUAUCGUCGGACAAACUUGGGAACAAGCUGGUGUGAGGAAAGUCUACGAAACAACUGUAUCAGCAAACUCUAUACCGUUUUUCAAAAGGGAGAAAUUCGUCAACUUUGAAUUCCCAGAUCAAAUGUCGAAGAUUAAAGGAAUCGCUAUCAAAGACCUGGAUAAUGGUCUUGCGGAGCCUUCUAUCACCAUGGGAGGCCUCGGAUUCAACUUUGCGAACCUCAAACUGAAGAGUGAAAGAGGAUCAGGAUUCAACUUCCUCAUAGAAAUCUAUGGAUGAACCUCCUUUCUCCUUCUUAAGAACAAUAUCGUGUAACGUGUUUAUUAUUUUGUUAAAAUGUGACGCAUCGUAAUGGUGUUUUGUAAAUUGAACUGUGACAGAAAUGACAGGUACUUAGUGCUACUCACUUAUAAUAAUAUUUUGAUUGUAAACACUUCCUGAAUUAUUAAAGCGUCAAUGAAUUACAGUUUUAAACAGUACAA